AUUGGUGUCACCCUGUGUAGCACAUGUUUUUCGAUUUGAAAUAAAUCAAAACAAUAUCACCGGGUUAUAAAGUCAAGCAGUCAACACGUUAAAAUUUUUAAGACAAGGAGAAGGCAAUUAUAGCCAUGUAUUCAUUCGAAAUUAAAGAAAUUCCCGGCAAGGGACGGUCUAUGAUCUCUACAAAAGCAUUUGCCGUUGGUGAAACUAUAUUCGAGGAGGAGCCCUUUGUGUCACGACAGUUUUCUUGGAACGCUGCUUAUGGUUAUAAAGCCUGUGAUCACUGUAUGCGACCUUUAGAAACAGUUGUUGAAAAUGUACGUCGCUUAGCGAAUAAUAAUGCACUGGCAGUGCCUUUGCCAGAAUAUGAUCCAACGAAACCAUGGUUGGAACAAUUUACACAAUGCCCAAAUUGUAAAGUUCGUUACUGUUCCGAGGAUUGUCGUAUGGAAGCUUUAAAUAAAUACCAUCGUAUAGCGUGUAUGGGUGCAUUUCAUACAGAUGACACACAUCCAAUAAAUGCAUUAAAUGAAAUAUGGAAAAAAAUGCAUUAUCCGCCGGAAACUGGUACAAUUAUGUUAAUUGUACGUUUAAUGGCCAUGUAUAAACAAAGUAAUAACAAAGAGCAGUUUCUCCAGUCACUUCAAUCCUUCCAAUCGCUAAUAGUUAAUACAGAAGAAAAAAUCUACCACAAAAUGUUGGGUGAAAAUUUUGAACAACAAAUGGAACAACUUUUUGUGGCAUUUUGUAGAGCGUUUGCGGACGAGGAAUUGGCUGCAUUCACCAACGCGGAAGCAUUUAAGGCUUUGAUGGGUAUGAUUGGCACAAACAGUCAGGGCAUCGCAACGAGUCCACUGGCGGAAUGGGUUAAAAAAGUGAGCGAUUUACCAAUGCCUGAAGGCGAUAAAGCAAAACUAGACGAAUAUAUUGACGAUUUAUACAAUAAGGUGGGAGAAUUUGCUGGCGAAUUUCUGAACACUGAGGGUGCUGGUCUAUAUCUACUUCAAAGCAAAAUUAACCACAGUUGUGUACCAAAUGCUCAAUCGACUUUUCCCUAUUCAAACGACAUCGUUGUACUGAAAGCAGUGACACCGAUACAAGUGGGUGAAGAAAUUUGUAUAUCAUACUUGGACGAGUGCCAGCUGGAACGCAGCAGGCAUUCGAGGCAAAAAAUUCUUAAGGAAAAUUAUAUUUUUGUAUGCCAAUGUCCUAAAUGUCAAUUACAAGCUACUGAUGCCGAUGAAACCAGCGAAGAUGAAGACGACGAUGACGAUAUGGAUAUGGACGAUGACGAUGCGAAUAUGUCGGAUUAAUAAAAAUAUUUAUUUUAUACAUUUCGUAUGUAGGUACAUAUUAUUGUAAGAAUUAACGUCAUAUUAAAAUUGUUCAUAUGUACAUUGAAUUUUGUUCAGAAUUUACAUAAAGGUCUGUUAUAAGAGAAUUAAACAACAAAAUUAGACUAACAUAUUUGUUUACAUUCUCUGUAC